CAUUUGCCUUGUUUUCUCCAAAUUAUUCAUCCAAACCAAAUUUGGUGUUCAAACAUUCACAAUUUUCCAACAUGGUUUCUUCGAACAAAUUGUCGAUGGUUCUCUUAUUAUCCAUCUUCCUCCAAGAGAUCAUGGGUGAGAUGACAUGCGAGAAUUUGCCGGUAGAUGUGUGCGCAUUUUCAGUAGCAUCAUCGGGGAAGAGAUGUUUGUUGGAGAAUUUCAAGAACGGUGACGGUCAAAUGGAAUUUCAGUGUAGUUCGUCGGAGGUGGUGGUUCCGAUGAUGGCCGACCAUAUUGAGAGCCAAUCUUGCAUCGCAGCCUGUGGAGUUGACAGGAAAACCGUCGGAAUAUCAUCCGACGCUUUGUUGGAGCCACAAUUUACUUCUAUGCUCUGUUCCAAGGAUUGUUUUUUCUAUUGUCCCAACAUUGUUGACCUUUACUUUAACUUGGCAGCCGGCGAAGGAGUGUUUCUACCCGAUUUAUGCGAGAAGCAAAGGACAAACCCUCACAGGGCAAUGCUUGAACUGUCGAGCUCGAGCGCAGGCCAGGUCGCGAUUGAAUCUGCCCCUGGCCCGGCUUCUGUUUCCGCCUUCGAUCUCAGUAUUGCCUCUGCUCCAGCUUUUGCACCUGCCCCUGCCCGUCAUUCAUUUUAAGAUGUUCUAUUCCGAUUUUUAUGUUUGUUGAUGAAUAAUUCAUUGUUGGUGAGAUUGAUUGGUAAAUUUCGGGUUUGUGAGGCUA